ACGGCUAGUUGGUGAGAAUAAGCAUAAUUUAUAUUUUCAAAAUUUGAACCACAAAACCGAACAACGCUCCCCCCUUCACCUUCAACAAGUUCUUCCCUUUUUCCCCUUUUCCUUCAGAGAGCGAAGAGAAUCGUUUCAGUGCAGCAACAAUGGCGGAAGCUGAGAUCAAGAACACAACAAUCGAUCCAGAGAGCGAGUUUCUGGCGUCGAAGAGAACCAACGGUAACGAGUGGGAGAUCUUCAAGGAGAACGUGAGGCCGCUGAAGCGAGGCCGCAACGUUAACCUCCUCAACCACGCCCUCAAAUCCCACACUCACACUCACCUCAAGAAAUCCAUCGUCCAACAUCGAAGGAAACUCAUCGAAGCCAUCGACGAAUACCAGGGAGACGACCCUCUCCUCCCCUGGCUACAGUGUAUCAAGUGGGUUCAGGAAGCGUUUCCUCCCGGUGGAGACAGUUCCGGGCUGGUGGUGAUUUAUGAGCAGUGUGUGCGUGCCUUUUGGCAUUCAGAGCGCUAUAAGGAUGACCUGCGCUACCUCAAAGUGUGGCUUGAAUAUGCAGAUAAUUGCUUUGAUGCCGAAGUUAUUUAUGCUUUUCUGGAUGCAAAUGGAAUUGGAAAAUCUCAUUCCAAUUUCUACAUUUCUUAUGCUUUGCACUUGGAAUCUAAGAACAAGUUUAAAGCUGCCAACCAGAUAUUCGAGCUUGGCAUAUCCAGGAAUGCUCAACCAGAUGACAAAUUGAAGGCUGCUUACAGGAAAUUUCUUGCACACUCGCUGACAAGGUCAACAACAGCUAAAGAUGAUUCAGUAGAAAAAGUGGCACCCUCACGUAGCUUUGGAACUGUUCUUGGCAAUCGAGAAAAUCGUUCUUCCCUGUCCACUUUGACCACAAACUGUGAUCUUUCUGCUAAGAAUGAUAGGAUUCGAGCAGUUCCAUUUUCCAUCUAUAAAGAUUCAGCUGCAACUGGUGAAACCGAUCCUCGUCAUCCAGAGCAAUCGCACUCUUGGCACACACUUGGAGCUCGAGCUGACAGAAAUAAGGAAAACAAUCCUAUUCCUGGCAGGUGGAAAUCCUUUAAGGUUCCACAGCGAGUUGGAAUAAGAGCUGGAGGGGCUACUCCAAGUGCCUUUAUCCCAGUGUUUGUUGAUGAAGAAUGCCAAGAUUCAAAAAGUACAAAAGAAGAGGGUCCUAAGUGCACUAGUUUGAAGAUUAAGCAGGAGGACGACAAGGAAUUGAAAAGGGAAACAGAACUACUAAGGAAGAAUCCACUGCGCAACUUUCCUCAGAACAGCCUCCCCAGAUAAUUCAUUCAACCUUUUUGAGAAUGUCAUCAUUUCUUCAAUAAUUUUGGCUCAGCUUUCCCCUAGAAAGCUUUGACCCACAUUUGCUUUAAAUUGGUACUGGUAUUUGUGGUUAAAAACGAUGUUCGAAUUGUUUGGUUAAGAAAUUUUUAAUGUGUGAAGUGGACAUUACUUCGAAUCAA